GUUGGAGGAGGCCUAUUCACACCUCGGUCUCAGCUUUGGUCUCUCCGGCUGCAGUCUCUUAUUCUCCCCUAUGUGACAUUGUAUGGGGGAUUCGGCCGGUGGCUUCAUGACUUGGUUUCGCCUUUGACUCACAGCUGUUCCGUUCAGGGCUGAUACGGAAAGGAUGUCUCAGACUAACGACACCGACAGAACCAUUAAGGAGUCGUCCAUCUUGGAGGAGUACAACAUUAACUGGACCCAGAAGCUUGGAGCGGGUAUCAGCGGCCCUGUAAGAGUCUGUGUGAAAAAAUCAGCGCAGGAACGUUUUGCAUUGAAAAUCCUCCUGGAUCGCCCAAAAGCCAGAAAUGAGGUACGACUACACAUGUUGUGUGCUUCACAUCCAAACAUUGUACAAAUUAUUGACGUUUAUGCAAACAGUGUGCAGUUCCCCCACGAAUCUACCCCCAGGGCACGGCUCCUAAUUGUUAUGGAGAUGAUGGAGGGGGGCGAGCUGUUUCACAGAAUCAGCCAGCACCGGCACUUCACUGAGAAGCAAGCCAGCCAAGUAACAAAGCAGAUCGCUUUGGCCUUACAACAUUGUCACUCAUUAAACAUUGCGCACAGGGAUCUCAAACCAGAGAACCUGCUGUUUAAAGACAACUCAUUGGAUGCACCCGUUAAAUUGUGUGAUUUUGGGUUUGCCAAAAUAGAUCAAGGUGACCUAAUGACACCACAAUUUACUCCAUACUAUGUUGCUCCUCAGGUUUUGGAAGCACAGAGAAGACACCAAAAAGAAAAAUCUGGAAUUAUUCCUACCUCACCGACACCUUACACUUACAACAAGAGCUGUGACUUAUGGUCGAUGGGUGUCAUUAUUUAUGUAAUGCUCUGUGGAUACCCUCCCUUUUACUCCAAGCACCACAGCCGGACGAUCCCGAAGGACAUGAGGAAAAAAAUCAUGACUGCAAGUUUUGAGUUCCCAGAGGAAGAGUGGAGUCAGAUCUCAGAAAUGGCAAAAGACGUUGUCAGAAAGCUGCUAAAGGUGAAGCCAGAGGAGCGACUCACUAUUGAAGGAGUUCUAGACCACCCUUGGCUGAACUCUACUGAAGCCCUGGAUAACAUCUUACCAUCUGCGCAGAUGAUGAUGGACAAGGCAGUCGUUGCUGGCAUCCAGCAAGCUCAUGCAGAACAACUCGCCAACAUGAGAAUACAAGAUCUUAAAGUCAACCUGAAGCCUCUAAAUAUAGUCAACAAUCCCAUCCUGCGAAAAAGAAAACUGCUAGGUACUAAGCCAAGAGAUGGAGUUUACAUCCAGGAUCCAGAGAAUGGAACUGACGACUGUAAUGUUGCUGUAGAAAAGCUCCGAGAUGUGAUUGCACAGUGUAUCCUGCCGCAGGCUGGAGAAAAUGAAGAUGAGAAACUUAACGAAGUAAUGCUGGAAGCGUGGGAAUGUAAUAAAGACUGUAAAUUAUUGAGAGACACCUUGCAGAGUUUCAGCUGGAAUGGUCGAGGAUUUACUGAUAAAGUUGAUCGUCUCAAACUUGCAGAAAUUGUGAAGCAAGUUAUUGAAGAACAAACAAACUGUCAAGAGGAUUCUCAGUAGCUAAAGUGGUUUGCCCCCCCCCUUGUUAUUUUAUUUUUAUUUUUUUUUAAACAGGAAAAAUCUUACAGCUUCUUAAACUGUAAAAUAAUUUUAUGUAAAUUAGUUAUCAAUGAAUUUCCACAUCGCUUGAACAUACAGUAUAAAUGUAGAUAGAAAUUCUAGUUAAAAAAAAAAGAUCAUUGGUACUGUAAUUUAUUUAAGAAAAAAAAAAGAUUUGAAGAGGAGAUUUUUUUUAUAUAUAUUACUGUACUGUUAAUAUGUACAACCCUGGCAGGGAAUACUCCGUCGUUUAUUGUAUUGUAGCGGUCUACAAAGGAUUUGGCCCUCUUUCUGUUUUUGCCCGUACAUAGCCAGUAAGGCUGUGUUACACAUAUCCACAGGCAUGAGCUGGAUAGCGCUUUCACUGACAGCAGGACCUGCGGUACAUGGCAAAGCACUCUGCGGCAGAAUCAGCUGGCAGUCAAAGAAUUAAAAUAACUUGAAAAUAGGCUUUGUGGAAUGUAACGGAUUGGUUACCCUGGCAACCGGCAUCCUCAGGAAUACUUGGAAAGAGCACACGCCUUUGACCUUGUUCACCAGCUGCUCUGAUUUCGUGCCAGUAUAA